GUGGCGCGGUUCUCUUUUGGGUCGAGCUUGCUGGUCUCCGGAGGAGGCUGCACCGGCAAUGGGCGGGGUUUCGGUAGCCCAUCGUGUUGGGUGAUGCGCUCGUUCUUCGCGGUUGGAUGAGACGGAUACGAUCUGGAUCGGGUAAGAUCUUUUUCAAGAAUUCACUAUGGUCCGAGAACGAAAAUGUAUAUUGUGUCACAUCGUAUACAGCUCAAAAAAAGGAGAUGGAUGAGCACAUGAGAAGUAUGCUACAUCAUCGGGAACUUGAAAAUCUCAAGGGGAGGGACAGCAAUCAUGAGUGCCAAGUGUGCAGGGUGACAGUGGUGGGCUUGUCAGCAUACGCCAAGCACAUCUCCAGCCAGUUGCACAAAGACAGCGUUGAAACCCACGAUGCCGAGGAAGAAAAAGAAAAGACCGAUGAAGAAUACUUUGACAAGGAACUUAUCCAAUUAAUACAGCAAAGAAAUGAACAAAACCGGACAAGUGAAUUGUGUCACGUAAACUGUGAAGCAGACGGUGAUGACAGGAGAUUGCGAAGGCAACAAAAUGACAGACUCUCUUAUCAAGACCGAGAUCGUUAUGAUACAACAUCAAGGAGGCAUCAUGGACCAUCACAGAGGGACUGGAACUGGGAAAAGGAUAAUUUCUUAAAUUCCAUGCAAGGAAAAUUCACUCACUCUGCCAGGAAUUCUACUAAUUCAAACAGACAUCUCAGCAGCCAAAGAGGACGACUUGGGUGGCAUCAAAAUGGUUCCCGAGGACCUCCAAGUCAAUACCAUAACUAUGGAAAUAUUGGCAGUAUUUGGCAUCAGAAUAACAGAGGUGGAACAUCAGGUUGGCCUCAUCAUGAUAGAGGAAGAAAUUCCAGUUGGAGUUCUGAAGCAAAUAAUAUAUUUUCCAACUGGCAGUUCAAAACUGUAAGGGGGCACCGGAAAUCUGUUCAACAAAAUGGAAAUGGAUGGAACAUUGGACGAAACAGAGCUGUAAACAAUACUUCUCAGGUAGACAACGUGGAUACUUCCUGGUUAAAAAUAAAUAGUAUACAGGAUAAAUACAGCAGUGAAAAUUAUACAUGGCAAUGGCAGGAGGAUGCGGCAAAUUAUACCGGUCUUGAUAAUAAAAAUGGCAAUCCUGACUGCUUAUUAGAUUUCACGAGUGAUCAGCUAUCUUCAGAUCAGUUACUAAAUUUUAGUGUUUCUAAGCAUCCAGAGAGUAAGAAUUCCAAAGUCAGUAGAAAGUGCAGUAGUCCUUCUCGAGAAAAGAUGAACCGGUGGGCUCCUUAUCCUUUCCAGAAAACUGUAGAGCAGCAGCCACUGUCUGAAGAGAUGGUAGCUAAAACAUCAGAGAAAACAUUGUCUCAGUUGUCUUCAGAAUCAGCAGAUCCUAAAGCCAACAACCCUAAAGUGAAAAAAUGGGAAGAGAGUUAUUCAAGAUCUUCAACUAACAGUAAAACAUCCCUGAAAGCGGCACCAGGCAAAGCGCCAGCGGCCUGCACAGGUGAGAACAAAUCAAGUAAAGCUGAAAGCAAAAGUAACAAGAUGCCCUCCUUGAAGUCCCCACUUCUAGCUAUUCCAGAUAUUAAAUCCUCUUCCAAAAAAAAAAAAUCAAAGAAUCUCUUGAAACGUGCCCAUGUCUCCUCAUCUUCUGGGGAAGGCCAAAGUCAGCUGAGUACAGAGGCUAGCAAUUCCUCGAAUAAUUCCAAGCUGAACAAUAAAGCAUGUAACUAUAACAGUUUAAAAGGGAGCACACUUCUAUUGAGCAGCAAUGAAAGCCUAAACAAAGCGUUAGAAAAGGCCAAAGAUGAACUCCAGCAUAAUCGUUCUUUUCAGAAGUCGCAUUCAAGUUCUAGCAGAGAUGCUCAGAUUGAUAGGAAAGAAGAAUGGAAAACUGAAGAUUCUUCACACGAUUUGAAGAUACAUGAAGUCCAGAUGAAAGGAAUAGAGAACAAUUACAAAGGUAAUAAACCAGGAAACAUGAAUACUUCCCCAAAUUCUUAUUCACCUUGUGGCCUUGCUGAACCUGAUCACAUUGCAGCUAAAAAUGAUAACUGUUUAAAUGAAUUGAAUGGUGCUAAUAAAAAACACAUUGAACUCCGAAAGGAGACCCUAGACUCUUUGUCAAACUAUCCCUGUGAGUUAGAUAUUGAGUUGAAAACAACUCUGGAAGAAGAUGGGGAUGAAGAUGUUACAAAAUCAAAUGAUGCUCCCGAAAAAGAAGAUGAUGGAGAUAAUUCAAAUCACGAGCUGCUCAAAGCUACUAUAGGGCACUCUACAGGUCCUCUUCUUCCCGAACUGAGUAAACUUGGGUUCCCAGCUUUUCUCCAAAGAGACCUGACAUGGCGCACUAGCUUAAAAAAUAAAAUUAGCUCUCAUUUGCCUGAGCCAAAUCUCAAUAACGCAAGACGCAUUCGAAAUGUGAGUGGUCACCGGAAGAAUGAGACAGAAAAAGAAUCUGGACUGAAACCUACUUUGAGGCAAAUUAUCAGUGUGUCUCGUAGAAAUGUAAACUGGGAACAGGUUAUUCAGCAGGUGACAAAGAAAAAACAAGAACAAGGCAAAGGUUUACCAAGGUUUGGCAUUGAGAUGGUUCCACUCAUCCAGAAUGAACAAGAAGGCCUUGAGUUGGAUGAAGAAGUUGACUUCACCAAUCUUGAAGGAUUCCAGUGGGAAGGGAUAUCUAUAGGUUCCCCAGGAACAGUUAGGAAACGUAGCCUCUCAGAAAGUAGCGUGGCGGUCGAUAAGACAGCCUCCAUUUACAGUUUCUUUAAUAAUCAAGGCACAAGUAAAGAAGACAAGCAGAAAAAUGCUGGUUCAGUUGCCAACUCUGAGGAUAUAACAAGUGGAAUUCAGACAUUAGAAGAUUCUGUGGUUACUGUGAAACAGGAGUCAUCUUCUCUUCCUUCCUCCCCAUUCAAGACUGACAGGACUGAUUUAAUUUCAAGUGAAAGGAAACUCAGCCUCCAGUCUACCCCAAAUGUCACUAUCUUUAGUACCAGCGAAGGCCAGAGAAGCCUUGACUGUACCAUUCAUCUAUCUGAAAACAAAGGAAUAUUGGAGAAUGCAGAAGAACAUUCCACCCAGGUUUUAGGCCUUGCAGACAUCAAUGCUCUAGAUGCAGCUACUGAUAGCAGCUAUACAUCAAGCAAUGAGCAGAAUGAUAGCCAGGUGAUGGGGAAGAAAAGAAGAGCAACAGGAGAGGGUUCUUGUCCUGAAAUCCCAAGUUUAGAAAGAAAGACUAAACGAAGGAAGAUCAAAGGAAAAAAAGAGCGUUCUCAGGUGGAUCAGUUGCUGAUUAUUUCCCUGCAAGAGGAAGAAUUAAGCAAAUCAUUACAGUGCGUAGAUGAAAGCCUCCUGCAGGCUCGAGCUGCUCUGCAAGCAGCUUAUAUUGAAGUCCAACGUUUACUUGUACUGAAACAGCAGGUAUCAGUAGAAAUGGGAUCUCUGAGGACACAGAGGAUUCAGAUCCUGCAGGGGUUACAAGACACUUACGAGCCUUCAGAACAAUCAUACUUACAACAGCUACAUCAUAGCAGCUCAAGUGAAAAAAGCCUUGGCAAGCUCCAUUUGACCCAGGAUCCUAUAGCUCAUGCAGGUCUUCUUCCUCCUCUUCUGGAAGCCGUUCCACCUAUCUCUGUGCAGAUUCCUCCUCCUUUUGCAGCCCCUGUCCAAGAAAAGGCUGAUCCUACAUUCCAGACUGCUGUGAACGUUGCUCCCAUCACAGUUCCUGAUUCAUCCAUACAAAUCAAGAAAGAAAUUGUGCCUCCAAAGCUUAGAGAAGACUGCAUAAAUGUUCCUGAACAGAGUACUCCACGUUCCCCACAAACAGAGCUUCACUUGCAGGAAAGAAAUACAAAUCAACAGCCUUCAUUGUAUCCAGUUAUCACUGCUAGUAUGUCAUUGUCCGGACUUAUUGAUUUCCAAGAAGCAAAUAAAAAUAUUCAGAAAUCUAUUCCAAAUAUGGUGGGGACAAGGUUAUCUGACCAUUCUUCCCCUACUUAUUCAGGAUCAAUAUCUUCAUUGAAAACCCAAGACAAGAUAACCCCAAUGGGCAAUACCAUAUCUAAACCAUGCACUGGCUCACGUGAAAGCCAGUCAUUUAGUUUCAGACUUGCUACAAAUGAAAAUGAUAAGCAGGCAACCGAACAGCCUGAGCAGAUGGCCAUCUCUACGAUGGGCACCACAGAAUUCAAAAUAAGCAAGAAGAAGAAAAAGCUGAAAAAAAAGAAAGCCCUCCGAGCAGCCCGUGUUCCUGAGAACAGUGAUACAGAACAGGACGUGAGUGAUUCAAAACCAUUUAGGAAAGUAAAGGCUGUAAAGAUACCCAAGGGAGAGAAAGUAACAACAUCCACCCCUCCAAAGCAAGAGGAUGCUCAGGAAAGAAAGAGAAAGAAGGAGAAUGACAGUGACACAUCUCUUGAAUUUGUGGAAAUCCCUAAAUCUCCUCUGGAAGUGGUGGCCAUCACCUCCUCGGAAUCGGAAAGUGAGAAACCAGAUAGCCCUUCUAAGAGAGAUACCUUGAACGCCACAGAGAAACUUUUGAGAGAGCCAUCUCGGUCGAGCUAUGACGAAGUGAGCUCUACUAGUGAGAUUGGAGUAAACUAUAAAGAUGGUAUUGGUAGAAGUGUGGCUGAGACUCAGACAUUCAUAUCGGCAUUACGAGGAUCAAAAACCUCAUCAGAAGUGUCUUCAGAGCCAGGUGAAGAUGAGGAUCCCACAGAAGGGAUAUUUGAGGGGCAUUCGGCUUCAGUGAAUGCCAUUCAGAUUUUUGGGAAUUUGUUGUAUACCUGCUCAGCAGACAAAACUGUCCAUGCGUAUAACUUAGUGAACAGGAAAUGUGUGGGUGUCUUUGAAGGGCACGCUUCCAAAGUCAACUGCCUCCUGGUAACUCAGACAGCAGGGAAAAAUGUAGCACUCUAUUCUGGCUCCAGUGAUCACAAUAUAAAUUGCUAUAACAUCAAAACAAGAGAACUUAUUGAUCAGUUUAAACUGGAUGACCGGGUGCUUUGCCUGCACAGUAGAUGGAGGAUCCUUUAUGCCGGCCUUGCAAAUGGAAAUGUGGUCACUUUUAAUAUAAAGAACAACCGACAACUUGAGACUUUUGAGUGUCACGGUCCUAGGGCAAUUAGCUGUCUGGCUACAGCUCAGGAAGGGGCACGACGACUCCUGAUUGUGGGAUCCUACGAUUGUACAAUUAGUGUGCGAGAUGCCCGAAAUGGACUACUGCUCCGAACCCUUGAAGGUCACAGCAAAACAGUUCUGUGUAUGAAGGUUGUAAAUGAUCUGGUCUUCAGUGGUUCCAGUGACCAAUCUGUCCAUGCCCACAACAUACAUACGGGGGAGCUGGUACGGAUAUACAAGGGGCAUAGCCAUGCAGUAACUGUUGUGAACAUCCUGGGAAAAGUAAUGGUAACAGCCUGUUUAGACAAGUGUGUUCGAGUAUAUGAGUUGCAGUCUCACGAUCGUUUACAAGUCUAUGGAGGACAUUCGGAUAUGAUUAUGUGCAUGACCAUUCAUAAGAGCAUGAUCUACACAGGUUGCUAUGAUGGUAGUAUCCAAGCCGUGCGGCUUAACCUGAUGCAGAAUUAUCGUUGUUGGUGGCAUGGAUGUUCACUUAUAUUUGGAGUUGUGGACCACUUGAAACAGCAUUUGUUAAAUGACCACACAAAUCCGAAUUUUCAAACUCUGAAAUGUCGCUGGAAAAAUUGUGAUGCCUUCUUCACCUCCAGGAAAAGCUCCAAACAGGAUGCAGUGGGACACAUCGAGAAGCAUGCAGAGGAUGAUAGCAAGAUCGACUCGUGACAUUUUUCAGCCUCCCAUAUUGGGAAGUAUUUUUUUAUACACAAGAAAUUUUACAUGCCUUGUCCACCUCAUUCUUUUCUUUUUCCUCCGGUUCAUCCUUGGAGCGCAAAAAGAACACAAGCCUUUUUCUGUUUUGUCUACAGAGACAGGAUCUAUUCACAGCUCUGCAGAGAAAGGAAUGACAGAGUCAUGCCAAAAAGCUGUUUAUACCAUUCACUUGUUAGGAAAAAAAAUCUACUCUUCCUCUUACUUGCACUGUGCAAAUAAGUGCAUUGUGCUUAUCUCUUACUAGGUAUUCAGAGUAAAGUUGAAUAAACUUGGGGCCCUACCUAUAUAUGUUUUAACCAUCAGUUUUCAUGUUAUAUGUAGGAUCCCCUGUUAAUAUGUGUUUCUGGCUUUGGAGUAUUUUAAUUACUGAACACAGGCUAGAAAUACCACCUGAUUGUUGACUUCCUUAUUUUUUUUCUUACUGAAGUCUUUGAGAUACUUUGCUGUGGGAGUAAACAGUUGGCUCAUUGUUUGAGUUACUUUAUAUUGUGGCUUCAGUUUGAAAUGUGAAAUCUACACAAUUAAUCACAAUUGUACUUGAUUUGGGGGGCGGGGAAUGCUUUGGCUCCAAAGGCUCUUAGGGUGGCACAGAACAUACUGUUAAGACAGCAGAAUACCUGUUUUCUAAUACUGUAAUUUCCCAGUUAUUUUAAGAGUACUAGGCACCAUAAUACAAUCACCAGUGAAUAUAACUUAUAUUAGACAUUUUUGGUUAGAUUUAUACCCAGUGCUCUCUUGCCACAAUAUUGAAACUGUUUUUUUUUUGGUUCUGAGAAUUUCAAGUUAUGACCAUUCUGGCAUUUGAAGUAAGUGAAGUUUUACUACAUUUUUACUUGCUUCAGCCAGCUAAGCCCAUGAGAAUCCUGUUCUUUGCAGUCAGCUUUUUGAUAAGCAUCUUGUCUCACAGCAACUGACUAAAUAACUUCAGUUCCUAUAAUUGCAAGUUAUUCAGCUGUUGGGUGCAAACUGGGAAGAUUUAAAACCCAAGUAGAAGCUGAGAAUUUUGCAAGUAUUUUGUGCUGUCAUUUAAAGGAACAAAACCAAGCAGCGUGACAAAUGCAAGGAUUUUUUUUUAAAAUGGCAUAUGUGUUUGUGAAGGAAAUGUGUAUAUGGUCAGUGCUGUCUGGGAAAGUUGGUGCUGCAAUUUGCGGUUUUCAGAAAGUGGUUCCCUAUUUAGAUUUCAUCUACUGCUUGUGGCAUCAGUUCUGGUUUUUCCUCCACAGAAAAGCUAAAAACCUCAUUAUUAGUCUAGCACAGUGGUUCUCAACCUUUCUAAUGCCGCGACCCCAUAAUACAGUUCCCCAUGUUGUGGUGACCCCCAACCACUUAUACAUCACCGGGUGCCAGGGGUGUGACCAAAGAAAAGGGGAAAAAAAUGGUGGACAGCCUUGUUUGGCGACCCCCGUGAAAUGGUCGUUCGACCCCAAAUGGGGUCCCGACCCACAGGUUGAGAACCACUGGUCUAGCAGUAUCUGACUGUGAGCUUAACUACACCAGACAAUGUAUACAUAUCAGAAGAAUAAAUGAUAUUGUAAUUAACCUUUAAACAUAAAGCUAAUUCAUGUCUAACUUAGUGACUUGAACAGCUGGAAGAACAAACCAGUUGGAAGUUGCUGUACAUGAUUUGUUGACAACUCAGAUAACCUUAAAGCAGUUUUGAUUCUGGUCCUUUCUUUUGACCUUUUGCCAUGUUCAAAAAUAAUGAACAAUUCACUGGUUCUCUUCUAUUGUUAGGACAUCUUGUUCUGUAGCUUGUGUGUGAUUUCUGGCCAAUAGUGCCUCCUCUUUUCAUGACAUUGUUGGCAGCUGAAAUCAAACAGGCUGAAGGAAACCCUUAAAUGCUUACUUGAAAGGCUGCAAAAACUUUCAUUUUGUAGAUAGCCAAAUAUCAAAUGACAUUUUAAAAUAUAGCUCAUUCUUAUUUGAAUGUGUUUGAAGUUAAAUUACAGAAGUAGGAAGUAUUUUUGCGAGGAAAAAUAUAUGGAGUGUGUUAUUAGUUAUGUGAAUGAGUGAAUCUUAAUUUUGCAUCCUCUUCAAGUUCCUUUUUCAGUAUUUUAACUGGAAGAGGAUGGUGACUUGAUACGCAAUAAUUUAAAUGUUCUUUUGGCAUCAGUAGUUGCAAGUGAUUGAUAACUUGGACUACUUUGUGUUUUUUACUGUUUAAUACUAUAUGUAUAUUUAGGUGUGUAUGUGCGUGCACACAUUUAAAAUGAGUGCAUUUUGGGAUGCUUUCAUAAUUUGUAGUAAAACUUGUUCAGCAAUAAAAGUGUGGCCAGGUUUUAUUAGUUGGUUCUAUGAUAUAUGUUUUUCUUAAUGAGAAGAAUUGUUGCAAAUGAGGUCAUGUCGACAUAAUUCUUAGAAAGUUAAACUCCUCCUCCUUUCAGUGUGUUACACUGAAGCUCCACCAUUUUUUCACAUGGAAUGUAAAAUGUUCUCUUGCAAUUCAGGUUAUUUGUUUGAUUUGAGGUUGUUUUCUGUACUUAUACCUCUUUAGUUGGAAAUAUAAGCAUGCUCCUUUAGGUUGCUCUAGAAAUCUGGAUGCAAAGAGAGCAAAAUGGAAUUUGCUGAUUAUUGAUAGAAUGGUAAGGUAGAUGCAUCAAGAUUAUGUACUUCGAAGAAUGUCCCAUUCUGGAAGGUUUUUCUCUUAUUUCCUCAAAUAUAUUAACUUUAUCUUUAGAAGAUAUUUAUUUUGAAAGGAAGGAGAUAGAAAUGAAGUGCCCAGAGUGAAUUGCAGAGUGCAUUAUUAAAAUGUGUGGGAAGUGUUUGGUUUUGUGUGCUGGCUGAUGUCUGAGCAAGUUGUUGUAGGUUGUAUAUGCAAUGUAUUUGGAUUGCAUGCUAACAUAUUUCUUCAGUACAAGAGGUGUGUGUUUUUAAAAUACCGUUAAGUUUUUGUGUUUGUGUGGUGAAUGUGUUUCUUUACAUUAAUGGUUCUGCUGUGGAGGACUGUUGUGUGUAUCAGCUGCUGUAGAAUUCAGGUAUUUGGCUGGUUGCAUUUUUGUCCCACUAAAUAGCAGAAAACCUGCAAGUAUUCCAGCUUCUGUUUGCUCUUUGAGACACUACUGGGCUACGUGGACUGAAACAUAAAAGCUACAACAUCUUAAUAAAGUGGCAAAGCACCCAUCUUAAAAAGUCUGGACUGCAUCCUAAAUAUCUAAUGACGUUUUAUCUUCUUUCUAAAUGCAAGUUGGGGGUAUAUGUUUCAUAGUGCACAUGUUCAAAGACAGAUACAUUAAAAAUUAGUAUUCAGGCAGCCAGCAGCUAACUUGCUCUAAACACUUGAGUUUCCUAGAUAAUCUAUAGUUGUGAGGAAUGGUUUGCACAGAACAUAUAAGCAGGUACUCCAUAUAGUACUGUGCAUUAAUGCAGCUAGAAGGUCUCAAACAACACAACAUUUAAGGCAAGAACAGAUUCCUGUAAUAGCAGAAAUAUCAGCUGGGAAAAUAGCAUAUUAACUCUGUUGUAACUGUUUAAUUAGCAUCUUUUCUCAGUUUGUUUCAGUGAAGGGUUUAGUCUUUCCUUUUUGCUACAAAGCUGUGAAUUAGAUAAGAUAAACAGCAAAAAGAAAUAAAAUAAAUUUACUUUAUCCCAA